AUGUCUGAUCCUUUAUUAGAAGAUCUUAUAUUAAAUGAAAUGCCUGAUGUUGGAUUAUUACGUAUUAAAGCUAAUGAACAAUAUCAUUUAGAAAAUGAUAAGCGAGAUAAAGAUUUAGAAGAAAAAGCUGAAAAUGAUUUAGCAGCAUAUGAAUUUUCAUUUUUUGUAAAUAAUAUUUUAUCGUCAUUAGUUGUUAAUUGUUCUGAUGAAAAACUAGCAAUACGUGCAUUAAAACAAAUUCAUCGUUUAGCAACAAUUGAUUUAUAUCGCAAAUCAUUAGGUGAUACUUUAUCAAAUGCAAUUAAUUAUAUUUAUUCAUAUUCAAAUAAUUCAUUUCUUAUUGAAAAACUUAUUUUAAAUAAUGUUAUUGAAAUUCUUUUUUAUGAUUAUAUUGAAUCAUCAUGUCACACAUCAGCAUUACAUAUGAUUAAAAAUAUAACAGUUGAUCAAUGGAGAAAACAAUCAUUUAAAACAAUUCAAUUUGUUUUAAAAAAAAUUAGUUUAAAAAUUCAACGUGAAGAUGAUGAUUUACUUGAAGAUGAAUAUCUAUUAAAUUUUGAACUUAAAUUAAGACAAACUCUGCAUGUCGACUCAAUUGAUGAGAAUAUAAAAGAAAAUUUUAAUAUUAUUAUAAAUGUUUUAACAAAAAUUUAUAUGGCUUUUGGUAAUAAACAAUUUAUUGAACGCUCUUUACAUGAUCCAUUAUAUUUAUUUAUAAAUGAAAUGUGGUUGAAAACAUUUAAUUAUGAACAAUAUAGAUAUAAUAUUUCAUAUUUACUUAGUGGUUUCAAAUCAAUAAUAACAACAUGGUUAAAAUUUGAUUAUUCAACUCGUCAACUAUUUGUUAAAAAAAUUAAUCAUCAUAUUUCAAACAAUCAUCAAUAA